CAGCAAACAACUAAAUCGCCGGCUAAAAAGAAAACCGCGAAAACAUCAACGGCUUCGAUUCAUUUCUCUCUUUGGCCUGCGGCGUUUGAUCGUCGGAGAAUACGCCACGUGGCAACCGGGGAUCCGAAAUGGAAGCUCACGGUGCUGGUCUCCGGCGCGUAGCUGUACUCGCGUUUUGUGUUGCCGGCAUUUGGUCUGCUUAUAUUUAUCAAGGCGUUCUUCAAGAGACUGUGUCAACGAAGCGGUUUGGUCCUAACAAUGAGAGGUUUGAACACUUGGCGUUCCUAAACCUGGCGCAGAAUGUAGUUUGUUUGGUAUGGUCAUUUAUAAUGAUUAAGAUUUGGUCUAAUGGGAAGAGUGGUGGUGCUCCUUGGUGGAGUUAUUGGAGUGCGGGUAUUACAAAUACUAUUGGCCCCGCAAUGGGGAUUGAAGCAUUGAAGUACAUUAGCUAUCCUGCUCAGGUCCUGGCAAAAUCAUCAAAAAUGAUUCCUGUAAUGUUCAUGGGAACGCUUGUUUAUGGCAUAAGAUACUCCAUUCCAGAAUAUGUGUGUUCUCUACUUGUUGCUGGUGGUGUGUCACUAUUUGCGCUCUCAAAGACUAGCUCGAAAACCAUUAGUAAAUUGGCACACCCAAACGCUCCACUUGGGUAUGGGCUUUGCUUCCUGAACCUCACCUUUGAUGGUUUCACCAAUGCUACGCAGGAUUCGAUUUCAGCAAGGUAUCCUAAGACAUCUGCGUGGGAUAUUAUGUUUGGAAUGAAUUUGUGGGGUACCAUUUACAAUAUGGUGUUCAUGUUUGGCUGGCCAACUGCCAGCGGUUAUGAGGCCGUUCAGUUCUGUAAGCAGCAUCCAGAGGCAGCAUGGGACAUUCUUCUUUACUGUCUAUGCGGCGCUGUGGGCCAGAACUUCAUUUUCCUAACCAUUAGUCGCUUUGGUUCUCUGACCAACACAACCAUCACUACAACACGCAAGUUUGUGAGCAUAGUUGUAUCUUCCGUGUUAAGUGGCAAUCCACUGUCACAAAAGCAAUGGACAAGCGUCGCCAUGGUGUUCUCAGGAUUGUCUUACCAGAUUUAUUUGAAGUGGAGGAAGUUGCAGAGGAUGACAAAGAAGAGGAAGCCCAUGUAAAUGUUACUAUAUCUUUUUAUCUGAGGAUACAGUUCUGUACUAUUAUUAGUCAUUUUUCUCCUGCUGUAGUUCCAGCAUCCCAGGAGUGGCAACAGUUCCAUUAUUGGAAAAUGUAAUCGAAAAGAAUUAGCACAUUUGUAGAACGAAGUUUUUUUCCAGGGUAUACUGUAAGCCCAUUUUUGUAGUUGUUUCAUACUUACAAUGUUUUAGACCACAAACAGCUCAGAAGCUAUAGCUUCACUAAUGUUUUAUAGAACGUCUAAGGACUUCUCUCUUUUCAA